CUCUUUCUAUCUCUUUCUUUUCUCUUCCUCUUCCUCUCACUUGGAUACUAAUAUACAGAGAGACAAAAAAAAAAAAAAAAUGAAGUGUUGGGCAAAUUGAUGAAAGAGCAAAAAAUGAGACUGAGAUUUGCUGUUCCUUUGAUGUUAUUAUAAUGAGAGGAGGGUUCAUUUUCUUCUUCUUUGAAAGCUAUGGCUCUGCAAGAAGAAGAGACUCAGCAGAUUCAAAGCCCACCAUUGAUUCUUGAUGGGCUGUAUUGUGAAGAAGAGGAUUUAGGAGAGUGUAGUUUUGAAGAGAAUGGAAGUCAAAUUUGUGGUGAAACAGUGAAAAAGGAGGCAUUUUUACCUUUAUUUUUCAUUGAACAUGACUUGUUUUGGGAAGAUGAUGCCUUGCUCUCUUUAAUGUCCAAAGAAAAAGAAACCCAUCUUGGUUACAUUGCUGUUAACUCUGAUGAGUCUUUAGUUUUGGCUCGUAAAGAAGCUUUGGAGUGGAUUUUCAAGGUUAAGGCACUCUAUGCAUUCAAUGCCUUGACCAUAGUUCUUGCUGUGAAUUACUUUGAUAGGUUCAUUUCAAGCCUAAAGUUUCAAAAAGACAAGCCAUGGAUGGGACAAUUAGCUGCUGUGGCUUGUUUGUCUUUGGCUGCUAAGGUUGAGGAAACCCAAGUUCCACUUCUUUUAGACUUCCAAGUGGAGGAAUCAAAGUAUGUGUUUGAUUCAAAGACCAUACAAAGAAUGGAGCUUUUGGUGCUGUCAACUCUUCAAUGGAGGAUGAACCCUGUGACGCCAAUUUCCUUCUUUGAUCACAUUACAAGAAGGCUUGGAUUGAGGACCCAUUUGCAUUGGGAGUUCCUUCGGAGGUGUGAGCGUUUGCUUCUCUUUCUCAUUGCUGAUUCAAGGUUCAUGCUUUAUAUUCCCUCUAUCUUAGCUGCUGCAACAAUGCUGCAUGUUAUUAAAGAGGUUGAACCAUGCCAUUAUCUUGAAUAUCAGAAACAGCUUAUUGGAGUACUCAAGACAUGUGAGGAUAAAGUAAAUGCGUGCUACAAGCUCAUCUUAGGGUUAUUGGAAAGCCAUUGCAAAGGAAACGAAGGCCACAAACGCAAGCAUAGAUCAAUACCAAGCAGCCCUAAUGAUGUCAUUGAUGUAUCUUUUAGCUGUGAUAGCUCAGAUGAUUCGUGGGCUAUGACAUCUUCGGUCUCAUCAUCGCCACAGCCUCUGUUCAAAAGGAGUAGAGCACAGGACCAGCAAAUGCGGCUACCUUCACUAAAUCGUAUGUUUAUGGAUGUGCUUAGUAGCCCUCGUUAAUCUUUCCUUGUCAUAAUAUUAGUACUAUUAAACAUGUUAUUAUACUCUUCCUUUUUUUGCAUAUUAUCUGCAGUAUCUGUUCUUAAUGUGCAAUCUAUUUGUGUUUCAUAACUUAUUGUUGCCUUUAUGGCCAAACUUGCUAACAUGGAUGGUACAUGGAUUAAUAUCUGCCAUGUUCCUCUUUGAUUCGACUUUGGAGGUCAGUUUGGAGUUUGCAAUGAGAAGAGAUGGUCUUUUUCCAGGGGUUGA